UCCUGACUGGUUCAUUCUCCCCGGAACUUCCUGGACGCCGUACGUGCCAGAUGGCGUCACCUGGAGCUUAAGAAACUGCACGCAAGUAUUGAAUUCCUAGUGAGAGUUUAGUAAGUUUUCCGGAAAGCUGGCGGGAAGUUUGUAGAGGUCGGGGUUAGUUUGGGCAGACCUUGUGUCGGUUUCGUCGCGCUCUGCCUCAGGUAGCCCUACCGGGUAGCAGGCCCGAAACCUGGGUGCCUGUUGGGCCUUCACCUCUUGACGGAGUCCCAGUUAUGGGCUGUGUCCUUCAUGAUCAGUUUCCACGUGGUUGUCAGAGAAUUUCCCUCCCCUCCCACACCCCCACGGGUGUGUUACUUUAUGCACGAAACUUGCUGAGGUCUCCAGCUCUAGUAAACUCCACUGUAUGCUGCCUGCGCAUGGUCCGUGUAUAUGAUAGACAAUGGCCAAAAACAAAUUAAGAGGGCCUAAGUCCAGGAAUGUAUUUCACAUAGCAAGCCAAAAAAACUUUAAGGCUAAAAACAAAGCAAAACCAGUUACCACUAAUCUUAAGAAGAUAAACAUUAUGAAUGAAGAAAAAAUCAACAGAGUAAAUAAAGCUUUUGUAGAUGUACAAAAGGAACUUGCACAUUUCUCAAAAGGCCUUUCGCUUGACCCUCUGCAGAAAGAACUGAUUCCUCAGCGGCGUCAUGAAAGCAAACCAGUUAAUGUUGAUGAAGCUACAAAAUUAAUGGCUCAGUUGUAAAACAGUAGUGAUUCCCCACAAAGACCAAUAAAUUAAAUGUUUUAUACAAUUUUA